GUGAUGCCAGCAAGGAAAAGAUUGCGCGCAAGGGGUGGCUUCAGCUGCGAUUGGAGGUCAGCAAGGCCCGCAUCCGCGCUCUCAUCGACGGGGAGACGGUGAGCAACAUCAUUGACACAAGCCUCCCCAUGGGACAGGUGGCCUUGAACUGCGGCUACCACAAGUGCCAGUUUGACAAUAUCAAGGCGAAGAAAGGGAAGGGAGAAGCCAAUCCACGACGAAUGGCAGCACUCCUGGUUGAACAUUUGGAGGACGUCAGGCAGACCGCCAGCAACAAACUCCUGUCUCUGGCAAUGGAAUUCCACCCCUUCAAAGCAGCUCGCGCCGCUGGCUUGCGCCUGGACGACUCGUCGAAGGGCGGAGCCAAGGGCGCUGGGAAGGGCAAGGGCUCGGCUGAGGAGCGGGAGCGGUCCAGGUCGCGCAACUGAGGACUGGAAAA